AUGUACCUCCUUGUGUAUGUGGAUGAUAUUGUCCUGGUGAGCUCAUCCCCGAUGGCUGCUGAUGCUCUUGUGACUGCACUUGGUCGUGAUUUUGCAGUUAAGGAUUUGGGACAACUUCAUUUCUUCCUGGAUAUUGAGGUCGCUCAUCAGUCUCGUGGCAGUUUGGCUCUCACCCAGAAGAAGUACUCUCUUGAUCUCUUGCAUCGUGCUGGUAUGCUCAAGUGCAAGCCAUCGCCUACGCCCAUGUCCUCCACUGACACCCUUUCUGCUGCUGAUGGUGCUCUUCUCUCUCCUGAGGAUGCUACUAAGUACAGGAGUAUUGUUGGUGGCCUGCAGUAUCUGACAAUCACGCGUCCUGAUCUCUCCUUUGCAGUUAACAGGGUGUGCCAGUAUCUUCAUCACUGA